AUGUCAAAAUACACAUUUACCACAGCAUUAAUCUUCGUCAUAUUCUUCAUAACUACCGCACGUAGUAAUUUAUUACUUCAAAAACGUGACUCGUUCUCGGGUGAUGGCACUUACUAUAAUACUGGACUAGGUGCUUGUGGCGUCGUGAACAGUGAUAGUGAUUUGAUUGCCGCUAUUAAUAAACCUCAGUGGGGCGAUCCAGCGAAUCCAAAUCAGAACCCAAUCUGUGGUAAACAAGCAUAUGUUACCGGUCCAAAAGGUUCUGUAACGGUUAAAAUUAUGGAUAUGUGUCCGGAAUGUGCUUAUGGUAGUUUAGAUUUUUCUCCAUCAGCAUUUAAUUAUAUAGCAGACCAAAGCGCUGGACGUGUUCACAUUACUUGGAGUUGGGUCGAUGGUGGAGGCACCAAUACAACUAUUGUGGUUCAACUAGCGAUCACUGUGGAACCGGCUGUCAACCAGGCAAAAGUUUCGCUGGCAAAUGUUCAAUGCGGGGGAGCUACCUGCACAUCCGAUGCUCCAUGCUGUAGCCAAUAUAACUAUUGUGGCUCAACUAGCGAUCACUGCGGUACCGGUUGUCAACCAGGCAAAAGUUUCGCUGGCAAAUGUACUGCUUCAAAUUCUGCCCAAGAUGUUACCACUACCAAACCUACUACUAAAGUCAAAAAGGUUACUAAAAAGAAAAAGAAAACGAAAACUUCAUCAGCCCAUUAA